AUGGCCAAUCGAACGCUACGCUUUCUCACUUUCUAUUUCCGUGUGCUGGCCAUCACUUGCAGCGCCCAGAAACGUGCCACACAAGGACUGCUGAGUGCGUACCUGGCCAUGGCGCUGGGCGACAUGAUCUUGCAAAUGUGGCACUAUUUGAACCGGGGCUGGCAGCUGAACGAUUUCCAUCUACGACGACAACAGCACUACAACGGCUUUGUUCGUAUCUUGGAUGCGAUGAAUGUCGCCUAUCUGAUCACACACAUGGUGAUGGUGUUGCAGGCUCUGCUCUUUCGCAAUCGCGAGCGAUUGCUGUUGUCACAGCUGCCGGAUAUGAGCAGCAAACGCAUCUCGUUGACCGCCCUGCGCAUUCAUUUGAUAGUCGACUGCAGUGUGACGACGAGCGCAUUACUCAUGGGUUUGUUCAAUUCGCUUCAGGUCAGCCAAUUGAUCGCCAACAUUCGCUACUUGUUCAGCACUCAGGCGGUGCGUGGACGCUGCCUGCAGGUCGCAAUGCUCGUGAUGCGGCUCGAUGCGCAGCUGCUGCAGCUGCAGGAUGAGCUGACAGAAGGACGACGUUGCAGCCUGGAGUUGCGUGCAACUUAUGCGCACAUUGUGCGCCUCAGUCGCCAGAUAUCGGGCAUUUAUAGCCUGUCGGUACUGAUGUUGAAUGUGCUGUGCAUCGGCGACUUCAUUAUGGUUUGCUAUGCCUACAUUGUGCUCUGGGAGAUCUCGGACUCGAAUCUCACCUGGCUGUUGGUGUGGCAAGGACUUUACGUCCUGCUGCCCACCAUGAUGAAGAUCUGGAUACUCUGUUCAGCCUCAGAGCGAUGUGCCAAGCAUUCGGCACAGCUGCAGCAGCUACUUAAUGCCGCCUAUCAGCAGACAAGAAUGCGAACUGGCUUAAAUAUGAGCUCUACGCGAAUUCAAACUAACGAGUUCGCUGUGCAGAUUAUGCAGAAUCCUGUGCAGUUCGAUGUCUGUGGCAUCUACUAUCUCAAUCUGCAAUCUCUGGCCGGGGUACGACUUUAA